GCUUUCGCCGUAGUAGGAUUUGUAAAUUCGCCGCGUCUCACUGUCAUGCGCAACGGUGGUACUGCCAUGUUGGAUCGAAAGCUCGGUGCACAGGAGUUCAGAUGAAAGUUUAGUGUCUCAAGACGACAUUGGAUAACCAAACGAGGAUCGCGUUUUAUUUCUGGGACUCAAGACCUCUCUCAACCCACCACCGACCGAAACACACAGGUCUGAUUAUGAGAGUCUCCGGAUCCGAGCUGCGGUGAUCAGAGAUCAAUGAACACAUAUUUUCUGUUUAACACUUCCUGAUCACAAGUUCACACCAUCGGAUUGUCAAAAAUGAGCGGUCCACCUUCAAACAGGAGGCCUGCGAGCAAUGCUGGCUCCAUUCUUCUCACCCAUCAAGAAAACGAAGUGCUCUUCAACCACCUGGGCAGGAAAUGCACCAGUUUGUGUUCAGCAGUGGUGCAGGUCUAUGGAGCAGACAGAAACUCGUCCUGGGUGAAGAAGUGCUGUGGGGUGGCCUGUCUGGUGAAAGACAACUCUCAGAGAUCUUACUUUAUCAGGGUGUUUGAUAUGAAAGACAGAAGACAAUUGUUUGAUCAAGAGCUCUACAACAACUUUUCAGUAAACUGCUCCAGGCCAUACUUUAUCACAUUUGCUGGAGAUACGUGCCAGAUUGGUCUCAAUUUUGCCAGUGAGGAGGAAGCCAGGCGAUUCAAGUCUGCUGCCGAUGAAUCUCUGAAUAGAAAAGGGAGGAAAACCGAAAAAAGACGUGACCCACCUAAUGGACCAUCAGGACCUUCAGGACCAACACUUCUAAUGGCAACGGUGGACAUAAAGAACCCUGAAAUCAACAACCAGCGUUAUCAAAAUAACACUCAAAUUAACAACUUUAACCUCCACAGCAACUUCAACAAAAAAGACAAAGGCAAAGGCAAGAGCAAGAAGAAGAAAAUAUCCAAAUCUGAAAUCGGCACCCCAAGCAAUUUCCGCCACGUAGGGCAUGUCGGCUGGGAUCCCAACACAGGCUUUGAUCUGAAUAAUUUGGACCCAGAGCUAAAGAACCUGUUUGACAUGUGUGGCAUUUCUGAGGCCCAGCUCAAAGACAAAGAGACGUCUAAAGACAUCUACGAAUUCAUUGAGAAGAGAGGAGGAGUAGAGGCUGUCAAAAAUGAACUACGACGACAAGGACCCCCGAGAAACCCUCCACCUUCAGCACCACCACCGCCGCCUCCUCCGGGACCCCCUCCUCCCGCACCUCCUCCGCUACCAGACGGGGAUUUAGGGGAGGCACCGGGGGGUAAAUCUGCACUCCUGAACCAAAUUCGAGAAGGGGCGCAGCUGAAGAAAGUGGACCAAAACAACAAGCCGCCCGUGUCCGGUGGCGGUGGCGGUGGCGGUGGCCGUGGCGCACUAUUAGACCAAAUACGACAGGGCAUUCAGCUUAAAAACGUACCGGACACUACAGACUCGGCUCCGCCCACUUCUGCCCCCUCAUCUGGGAUCGUGGGGGCGCUGAUGGAGGUCAUGCAGAAGAGGAGCAAAGCAAUCCACUCUUCAGAUGAAGAUGAUGAUGAUGAUGACGUAGAAGAUUUUGAGGAUGAAGAUGAGUGGGAUGACUGAUGACCAGGGCUGCCCAAAAGAAUUAAGGCACUACAUUGCUCUAGAUAUGCUAAAUCUUAUAAAAUUGUAAUGUAAAUGGACGACCGAUUUGUGUACAUUUUUGUUGCCGUCAUGCUUUUUUUGUAUUAAUCUGUGCAAUACCUCAUUUAAUCUGUAAAGGUUUGUCAUGCAUCUCAUGUAAAGGUUUUAUUUCCCUCUCCUGGAUUCACGUGCAAUUUUACAUCAAGUUGUCUUGAAUUGUAGAGUUGAAUGUUUUUGGGUCUUUUGGUUUUUUUUCUUUGUCAUUCUUUAAAUGAACAUCGACUCUAAAGAACAAUGUCUUAAACAGUCUUAAAAUGUUGAUAUGGUGACUCAAAGCAAGAACACUAUUUUCAUACUUUUCUCUUAACUUUUCUUAUUCAGAACAUAGUUUAGCGCUGUUACAUUCUUAAAAACCAUAUUUAGCCCCAUUGCUAAUUUGUAAAUUUGCUCCGAGUUUGAGUCGCUUUCUAUUUUUGCCUGAAUCAAAAAGAAAAAAGUGGGGAAACGGCGCAAUACGGCGGUUAUGUUUACACAUUGUGUGCUAUAGCUACUAUGUCAGGACUCUCCUUAACAUUAGAUGUGAGAAACACUAGUUAUUAGAAAUAACCUAUUUGCAUAUGCUAGUUUGCAUUUUACUGGCAUUACAACAAAUUUCAUGGGCACUUGUUUUUUUGUUGUUUUUUUCCCCGUUGGUCAUACGGUUCAUGUCAAAAUUUAAUGUUCAUGUGUGCCAUUUCGUACAUUCUCAAUGUUUUACUAAUAACGCACUGUGAUGCUAUACUAAUUCAAAAAGAGCGGCUCUGGCUCGCCUGAUGAUCCGCAGUGGGUCGGAUCAUAUACUUUCACUGUUUUUAACAGUGUUAUAGAGCAAUUCAAAUAUGUUUUCCAGUUUUUAUCCUUUGUUCAACCAGGGUUGCUUUGCAUUGAGACUUGAAACCUUUGAAAUGAGGUUGAAAAAGAAUGAUUCAAAUUGUACACUCAAAUAAAUGUUAAUAUUUACAGAA